GGGGUCAGCGUGUAAGGGGUCAGCGUAUUUGUUUGUUUCUGUAUUUUGCUUUUCCUCCAGAGGUACUCUGGCAGAGUUUAUGACCGAGUAGAACGGGCCCAGAAAAUAAUGCCGACUAGUGAAAGGGAGCCAGGUUCCUUGUGUGAAGAGCAACACUUCAUUCUCUCAUUGUCUAAACAAAACAACAGCAUAUUCCAAACUGAGACAUCGUUCCCCCCCACAGUCCACCCACGCAUCUAUGCCGACUCGCCAACUGCAGUCCCAAAACUGACCACCGAGUGGCACUGUUGGUUCACACUCUGAGUGGCAGGCCUGUUGAUAGCAGGGUGUUGCGCCUGGCUUUCUUAUGCUUUUCCACUCCAUUUAAAAACGAAGGCUGAAGCCCAGGCGGGGGCAGGGAUGGCUGCUGGGUGCAGGGCAUUGGAGUCCUGCCUGGUGCUGGCUGGCUUGGGUUCUCUACUCCUUCGCCUUGAGUAAACACCAGCAUCCUUUUCUGAUGUGUGUUUCCCUCCUUUGCCUUCUACCUUUCCUGUGCGAAUCAGCUUCAUGCCACCUCCCUGACACUGCCGCCCCCUGCCUGCUCCUUUCUAUACCCCAGUCCUCCCUCUGCAGUGUUCAGACCCAACCGUUGCGCUGGGUCUGUCGGUCUGUAACGCUGGCAGAGUUUGCAUGCCCCCGCUACAGGUGCUGGGGGGGGGGGGGGGGGAGAUUUCACACACUCGUCUGCAGAAAGAUCUGAUUAUCCCAACUCCAAUUUUUCUCUUUAUUUGGCAAAGCAAUUUUGUUGUGGAUUUUUCUGCGAAAAUAAUCCUCCAUAGACGAUUAUGAUCUGAAAUUCAUGACUGUUUUUUUUUUCUUCUUUAGGAACAGGGGAAUUUGUCUCCCGUCACAAUUGCACUUGCCAAGAACAAUGUAAUUUGCUCUUGAUGUAGAAUUUGCCCACGGCUGCUGACUGGGAUGCUCCUGGGCUCCGUGUCGGUAGGAAAUUGUCACUGAAUCAAGCUUACAAAGCAAUAGGAAUGAAGAAUCAGUGGCUUCGCGUUGAUCACAUGGUGUAGAUGCAGAGAGAGAUUUGCAUGUGAUAAGCGUCCCCAUGUCGGCCGUGGUUUUACGUGACCUUGGCGCUGUGUUUUCUGACCUCUGUAUUUGUCUCUCUUUCUCUCUUUACUCCCUCUCUCCCUGAUUCCUCCUCCACACCCUCGUGGGGUCACCAUGGCGAUAACAUCUUCCUCUUAGUCUUCCCUGGAUGUGUCGCGGUCAAAGGAGCGAAGCGCCAAGGCCAGGCGUGGGCUAUCUUUGCGGCACUGGGGACGGCCAAGAGGGCACACCAAGGUCCACCAGCUGAUGAGAGCGGCCAGGAGUGGAACGAAGGACGGUCUGGAGAAGACAAGGAUGGCUGUGAUGCGCAAAGUGCAUUUCCUGCAGAGAAAGGACACCGCGGAUGAGAAGCUGGAGGACGAUUCAGUUUUCCUGGAUGUGAUGGUGUCCGAGGCGAAGAGCCCACCCCCACGGCUGGGACCCAUGCCCGAGGGUCUGAGCAGCCAGCAGGUUCUUCGUCGCCACAUCCUGGGCUCCAUCGUUCAGAGCGAGAGGAGUUACCUGGAGUCCCUCAGAAGGAUCGUUCAGGAGUACCAGAAGCCCCUCCAGGAGGCUGAGCCCCAGAUCUUGAGCCCCAGGAAGGUGCGGAUCAUCUUCCACCGAGUGCAGGAGAUCCUGCAGUGCCACUCCAUGUUCCAGAUCGCGCUGACCUCUCGGGUGGCCGAGUGGGACAACAGCGAGAAGAUCGGCGACCUCUUUGUGGCCUCUUUCUCCAAAUCCAUGGUACUGGAUGUCUACAGCGAAUACGUCAACAACUUUAUCCAUGCUAUGACAAUCAUCAAGAAAGCCUGCAUGACCAAGCCCACCUUCCUGGUGUUUCUGAAGAAGCAGCAGAUCAACAGCAUGGACCGCAUCACCCUGUAUGGCCUGAUGGUAAAACCCAUCCAGAGAUUCCCUCAGUUCAUCCUUCUGCUGCAGGACAUGCUGAAGAACACCCCCAAGGAGCAUCCAGACCGGCUGCCGCUGCAGUUGGCCCUCACAGAGCUGGAGACACUGGCUGAGAAGCUGAACGAGCAGAAACGCGUGGCCGACCAGGUGUCUGAGAUGCAGCAGCUGGCACGCAGCGUGAGGGACCGCGGCCUCAGAAAGCUGCUGAGCUCAGACCAAAGCCAACUGAUCCUGUGCGAGACGCUGUUGGAGACCGUCUACGGGGAGCGUGGUCAGGUCCUCAAGACCAAAGAGCGCAAGGUGUUCCUCCUCAGUAAUGCGCUUGUCUGUGCCAACAUCAAUGUCAAGGGGCUCCCCGAUGUCAGCAGUCUGGUCCCUAUUGGCACAAAGUACACCGAGAAGUGGAGCGCCCCCUUGCUGCAGGUACAGGUGGCAGAGGUGGGUCAGGAGGACGACCAGGGAACGGAGACCCUGUUUCAGCUCAGCAGGGCCCGGCAGGUUCCAGGCAAAGUGGUCCUUGGUCCCCCACGUCUCUACCAUGAACUCCAGGAACUACAGCACGACCUGUCGGUGGUGGAGCAGGUGACGCUAUUGAUCGGCACACUACAGGGGACCUAUCAGAACCUUAACACCACGGUGGCUCAGGACUGGUGCCUGGCUCUACAGAGGCUCAUCCGAAUCAAGGAGGACCAGAUACAGGUUGCCAACAAGUGCCGCCUUCGUCUGCUGGUCCCUGGGAGGACUGACAAGUCAGGACGUCCCGUCAAAUUUAUGGUGGUCUUCAACACUCCCAGUUCCCUCAGCAAGUUGUCCUGGGUGAACCGCCUGCAUCUGGCCAAGAUCGCUCAGCGGGAGGAGAACGUGCCAGGCUGGUCCUGCGAUGAAGAUGACAAGAAGAUGAAGGUGCCCUUCUUCCGGCCGCCUCUCGCCGGACGGGUGCCCAUCUUCUCCGUCAAAGCAAAGGGCAGGAAGCUGGAAGCCGGACUUCACAACCCCGUGCAGUGCGCCUUGCUGGGGCUGUCAGCAUCCAGCACCUCCCUGCCUCAGGGGUACCUGUGGGUCGCCAGCAGUACCGACAGCGGCCAGGGAGGACACAUCGAGAUCUUCUCCUUGAAUAGGACCACGCCCCGCCCGGUCAGGUCAUUCCAGCUGGGGGCGCCGGUGCUUUGCCUGGAAUACGUCCCGGUUCCUGGCCUGGCCGAGGAGACAGAGGGGGAAGAGGAAGAAGCUUUCGGGACAGGCCCAGUGGGUGUGGGAAACACUAUUUGUGCAGGACUUCAGGAUGGGAGGAUCGUCAUAUAUGGAAGUGUGGAUACUUCCACCCAGUGCCUCUUGGCCUUCAGGACCCCUGAGAGGUGUCCCGUACUGUGCCUGAAACAUUUGGGAAACUUGCUCUUUGCCGGGCUGAGGGACGGGACAGUGAGGGUGUACAGCCGCCACAAUGGAGAAGAGCUGUGGGACCCUGCGUCCAGCAGGCGGGUUGAGGUCGGUCCAGAGCCAGUAAAGACCCUUCUGGUGCUGGAGGACUCGAUCUGGGCUAGCAGUGCCAACUGGGUGACCACCAUCAAGACUGGCAGCUUGGAAACGGAGGGCACUCGCCCGCUGCAGAAGAGUCAAAAGAGGUUCGAGGCCCACCAGGAUCCACAGAUGAGCGUCACCCAAAUGGUCCGGGCGGGGGGUGGUGUCUGGAUGGCCUUCUCUGAGAGUUCCUCCAUCCGCCUCUUCCACACAGAAACUCUGGCACUUCUGCAGGAGAUCAACAUCUCCACGCCGUCUGCCUUCCUGAGUCCCGGGCAGACGGGCGAUCGGGUCACGAGCCUGAUGGUGUGUCAGGGGCUGCUGUGGGUGGGCACCUCUCUGGGCAUCAUCAUCACGCUGCCCGUGCCCAGACUGGAGGGCAUCCCCAUCAUAAGAGGGAAGGGUAUGACGUCUCUCAACGCCCACUGCGGUCCGGUGAACUUCCUGGUGGCCGCCUCCAGCUCCCUCCCCUCGGAGCUGCUGAGCCGGGACUCCUUCCGAGACGGCCGGGUGGAUGACCGGGCCGAGCCCGCCGAGGUCAUGCUGCGGUACCGCCUGCGCUCCACCUCAGGCCUGCCAGGGAAGCCACUGACUGGCAGGCCCUCGGAUGCCAUUGGUCGAGACCCAUCCCAGGCCCAGUCCCCGGAACAUGAGCCAGAGGACGGCACCAUCUAUGGGCUGAGUGAGGACCGCGGGGUCUGGGCACGUAGCCGCCUGCCCAGCAGGGACGAGACCCCAAAGGACAGGGUGCUCUCCAUAGCAGUUUUCUCUGGUGGGCGGGGCUACCGACGCCUGGGGGAGGAGCCUCCAGAGGGCGCCAGUGAGGCGGCUGAGUGUAUGCUCAUGGUUUGGCAGUUCCCGCUCGCCUUCUGAUUGGAUCCUCUUCUGAACUAUCUGCCGUCCAGCUCUCUCAAAGGUGAGCAUGAUCUCGGCAGUGGGCCUGGAUGCCAAUCUGACUGGACUCCAGCUGCAGACGAGCCGAUUGAAUACCAUCUCCCCAUCCAAGCUGUGCCUCACGGUGCUACUCCAAAAGUCAACUGGUUCCCAGGGCCAACCUCAAGCCCCUUUGCCUGUGAUGGUUAUGAUGGAAAUCAUGCAGACGAGCCCUUUCUGUGUCUUCUGGAAAACUUUGGAAACGCUUGGAUCAAACUACAUUAUGGCCGAGCAUUGCCUAUGCUGUCAUGGUCCUGAUUUUCCACUUUUCCCGUCAUGUAACCACAGAAGGGCCCUGUGAUGCCUUAAGUUUUUGGAGCUGGAACUAGAUGUAUGAUUGGUCUAGACAAGCAGACGUAUGUUUGUUCUAGAAAAACCAGUUAUGCACUUUUCAGACCUCAAACCGUAGCAUGAACUGUGGCAGAGGAGGGAUAAAAUACAAACGAACGGCACAGUUCCGGUUAUCUCCCUUUGGCAGCAUAUGAAGAACGCCUUGGUCAAAGGUCACCAGCAGAGGUCACUGUCCUACAUCUUGAAUGUGAAUCAGCUUGUAAUCUGAGGCCUUGAUUCUCCUAAUUGCAGUCCUUCCACUAAGAAGAUCUCAGAGAAGCAGAGCCUCUGUUUCAGUGAUGGACUGGGUAGCUCAGUGUCUUAUUAGACCAAGGUGAGAAUUAAAUGGCUGAGAAUAAUAUGUGAGAUGUAUAAAUAAAGCUGGGUUCUAGAAGAUCUGAGGAGCAUCACUUCUGCUGCUGCAGGAAGAGGAGAGGUUCGUGCCCAGCUUGAUGUUAGGCCAGAGGCUUCUCCUCCGCAGGCCUGCCCACCCACCACAACACUCAAGCAAAGAGCAUCACCAUGCAAUUAACCUGUCAGGGCGGCUAUAAUUAUCAGCAGAGCGACUCCAGUCACCCGGAGGGGGCCUUUGUGCUCUCUCACUCCGCAGAGGAUCGAUCCGAAAUCCAGGCUGAAGCGAAACACAGAUUCCCCUCCGUAAGGAGCAGACAGCAGCGUACGCUGAACAAAAAGGCGCCUUUUGUGAGUCAAAGGUUAUUGUUAGAGUAUUAAAUGGUUUUCUUUGGAUGCUGUGAAAUGACACAUUUGGUUGUUCUUUGGAAGGUUCUGUCUCAUGCCACACUGACUACAUCUCCAGAAUUGGGUAAUUAAAGCCCAGAACUUAUUGGACUGGGUCAGUCUGAGAGCCCAGGAGCUGCAGCAGCCCGUGAUACUAUAGUUAUGUAUUUUUCCUGUAAAUAUUUUUUGGUGGUUAAUGAUUAUUGUAAAUGUCCAUGCAUGGACCUGUGGGAAUGUGGAUGUAAGAUCAUUUUCAUGCCAUUUGUAACAGCAAUUAUUGUGUUAUUUAUCUGUUUAUGUUUGAUAUCUUUACAGUUCUGGAUUGAUGAUUGAUAUAAAAACAAAUAAUAAUAAUAAUAAUAAGCUACUAUUGGCCUGGAAAUCAAUGUUCAAGUGACACUAAAGAGAGCAACAUUAAGCUGACAUUAAGAUGCAACAGCUAACCCAAAAUGAAGUGUAUAAAUCUGAAUAUGGCUAAAACUGU